AUGAAGGUUGAGGAGUGGGCGUUCCUGGACGAAUGGUGCGGAGCGAUGAGGGAACUCUUUGCAUCCACGGAGAGCUCCGCGACAGUGUGGCAGUGGGGACCGGACUACAGCCUAGCACUACGAUUCACCAUCGUUCCCCCUCGAACCAAGAAGUUGACUCCAAAUGAACGUUUAAAGCAGCUCAAGACACUUCGUGAGGGGCUCGCUCUAUUUGCUGCAGUGGCGUGGAUCAACGUUGACGCACUGAUCUCCUUGCUCAAGUCAAAUGGCGUGUGCGAACCCAGAGAAGAGGUGCAGCACCACGAGUUCAUGAUGGCGGAGCUGCCCGUAUUCGUUGAGCUCGAAGUAACGAGCAAGCUCUGCAGUGACCAAAGCAGGGGAUCUCGUGGGUACAAGAAGACCUCGUAUCUCUGUGUUGCCAACUGGACCAACGUAAUACCAGUCAAGCAUUCCAGGAGGCGUGGACGAAAGUUGAAGGGCUCUGUAGAAACAAGUCACAUCCUCUGA